AUGAAUAUUCAAUCCGCGAAAGACAGCUUGACGGAUACCAUGGAACAUAUACUUGAUUGCAAACUCCUUAUGGGGGAUGAUAUUAGUAUCGAAGUGGCCAAAUCAUCGGGGCCAAAAUCAGAAUACGAGGUUACAAGCGAAGAAGAUCUAUCUGAAGCAAUACAGAAGCCAAAUAUUGAUACACUAGUUAACUAUUAUCUCCACCCGCUCCACAAGGAUCUAACGUCACCGAGCUUCACAUCAGAAACACGAACUACAACACUGGCCGAAAUCAAAAGGAAAAUAACAAAUACAUAUGUUGCUAUAUUUGAGGCAAGGUCUAGUCUGGAGAAACACUUGACAGACAAGGCGACAGUUACGACGGAACAAUCAACAGAAUCUGGUGAGUCUACAGAAUCAUGUACGCCUAAUAAGCCUACAG